GCGAUCACAAUGAGAGUGCGGAUCGAAGAAGUCACUCUCCGUAGACUGUAAACUUCUUGGUAUACUCGUAGUUAAAACAAUCCUGUCUACAAACAUUGUACGGAAAACAAAAACAUAGAGAGUGAGAUAGAAAGACCAGUGUCAUCGAAAUACACAAUCAGCAGGAAUUAAAUGCACUUGCUUUAAAGUUAUACUACGUUGCGUUGAUUAUGUGAACAAGUGAACGAUGCAGCUACCGUCUUCAAGAACUCGUCGAGUGCAGCGGCAGUGAUUUUGGAGAAAUUAGCCCCCGCUGCCAAGUAUGUGUACGGACAGAUUCAUUUUAUGACAACAACCCGAUGGAAAAGUGAAGUUUUUGGAAGAAAGUUGAAAUCGGAUGGUGGGAGUAGCGAUGAAUUUAUCCGGUUCUGAUAACAGUUUAGAUUCCAUCGGCAGUCCUGAUGGAUCUUUCGCGAAACUCUGGGGAACAGAAUCGGCUUUGAUGCGAGGAUUAAAAGACGGUUCUCUAGCUGGUUUGUCUGAUCUGGUCCAUGACAAAGAUGUCGCAGCUAAGGCAGUAGCCUUUGUCGUCAACAGCAGUCGAAGAGGGAUAGUUCCUUUAUGCGCUGAUGUGGCUGCUGUUUUAAGAAACAAACUCAAGUUGGAACGUACGAUUGAGAAGCAGCGAACAGAGAUUCAGAGACUGAAGAACAGUGGCUUGAACAGUGGGGCAAGCCUCAGUGGCAGGACAAGUAGGUCUACUAGCCCCACUCAUCCUCACAUCGAUAGGCAGCUGUUACCAAGGCAACCAAGUGCUAGAUUAAAGAAAUCAUCAGAGUCGCCCCUGCUUAGUUCUCCAUGCAGUCCAUGUUCCUCGCCCCGCUCCCCUUCAUCACCCCUCCCCAACUCCUUAGAGCUCUCGAGUGCUUCAUGCGGGUCUCUGGCCGACGCCCCCUCCCCCAUGCUUCACCCCCGAUCAUCUCGGCUGGAGGAUGGGCCGGAGCCCCACCCCUCAUCACCUCUCUUGCCCAACCAACAUCUUGUUCUGGCUGAAGUUCACAGAGUGCCAAGUGUCGCCAGCAUACAGGGUGAUGUUCGGUUACACAAGUUGCCUGCCUCCGCGUCAGAAAGACGGUCAAUCGAGAUUCAGUGCUCGCCUUUAGAAGAGCCAGAAGGGCAUACGUCUCUUCAGCAGCAGUUCCAAGAAGCGUGCCAAGCGAGGGCUGCUCUGGAGAAUGAACUCAUGAGAGUCAGAACCGAACUGGAGGAGGUCAGACUGGGGUCAAAGGUGAAAGAGUGGUCACCAGGAGACAGAGAGGCACCAGAAAUGUGUGAGUUGCUGAUUGAAAACGAGACAUUCCCUGUGCCACUCUUGAAGAGGGUUCGGAGUCAUAGUAUCCAAGGCGUGUCAGAAGUACCACACCCUCCUACGUCACCGAGCCAUCAUGAGAAACAUAGUCCGGGGUUACCUCCCAUUCCAAGCCCUCAGAUCAGCCCCAGAAAUUCAGACCUUAGUUCCAGCUACAGCGGGGAUGGCUUUAGCAAGAGAUCCAACAACAAAACUGAGAGCAGCCAUAACAACCUGACAGUGAGACUGGAAGACCACGUCUUGAUUAAAGGAGAGCGAACAGGCUUUGUCAGGUUUAUCGGUCAUCUAGAAAAGAGUUCGCUACCCAAUACGGUAUACGUGGGACUACAUCUAGAUGUUCCAGUUGGUAAGAAUGAUGGGAUGGUCCAUGGCAUCCGAUACUUCUGGUGCCCUAGGAAUCAUGGCAUCUUUGUUCCUGUGAAUGACGUCUUAGCAGUCAUCAACAGAAAGCCACUUAAGAGAUUGAAAACCGCAGACACAAGACGUAAAGCCUCCUCCCAUGGGGGCAUGGGAGGGGGAGGAGGAGGAGGAGGAGGGGUGUAUCCUACCGGUGGGUAUGAGAGAGGGGAGAUGAAGAGAACGAGGCCAGGCCAAGCCAGGAGGCUAAUAUCGGCAGACAGCUCAAUGCUUCCAACAACUCAUAAAAACAGAGAUCAUGCUGGAUCUACAUCAUGAUGGUAUAUAUAUCUCCAUAGCACCAGCGUCAUCUCCUCCAUAGCUUUUCUCUUCACUGUGAGACCAACAUCCAUUCCCAUGGCAACACAGCAUCAUCUGUUGCCAGUGGUAUAGCUACAGGGGGCGGGGCAUAAUAAACACAUCCCCCCCUCUCCUCCCCCAUUGAGUGGUGGAAGAAAUACAAAGGAAGAAAUAGCAAAACAAGAGAGAAAGGGAAAAGGAGAAACAGAUGAUGAAAAAAGACACCUUGUGGGUGUUUCACAAAGAUUGUAAGUUCAACUUAUCUCUA